AAUGCCCAAUCAAAGCUGAGUCAACGCCAAGGCGAAACCCCGCUGCUGUCCUCAUGGCCGGUACGUACCUGCCGCCGACAACUGAAUGCAGGAACCCCACCUCCGGUCAGUCGAACAGCCCCACCAUGAAAUCAGAGGUAUCAGCAGUUGCUCCCGGUCUCGAGCAUUGACGUAUCCCGCAUACCCGACCUUCCUUGUCGUUGAGCAACAAGGAGACAACUCAUGCCAUCGACGAAGCCUCGAUCUUUGGGCCCGAAAAAGAUCACGUGAAACCUUGUCCAACACACCACGAUUGUGGGAGGUACCGACUUGUCAGCGAAUACUGUGUCAGCCAGGCCGGCGUUCGGAAGCGCUGGAAGAGCGACCUUCGGCAUUAGUAAAACCUCCUUGCGGGCGACAUUACAGAUCGGAUUACAGAUCACUUAAGAACUCUGUACACCCUCGAGCUUCUCAAAAUCAGAUUCCGCUGAGAUAUUCCUGCAAUUAUCUCCCGAAGAAUGGAUACACCGGCUGUCCCGCUGCCUCGAGAUGCCCGAGAGCAAGUCAUCCUCGAUCGUUUGACCGUCAUUCGCGACAGCCUCCUUCUUCUCAAGCGCGAUCGCACAACAUAUAUCCGGAGUCAAGAUGUUAUCCCUCUCUAUGACGACACGAUCCAGCAAGUCAAGGAUCUGAACACAGCACGAGCGGAAUCUGGCAACAAGGAGGAGAACCGAGUGGACAAAGUCUUGGAAAGCUGUUUUCAAUUGCUAUCGCUCUUCUACUUGACCAUUGGGCGCAACAACGAAGCCCCUGCCGCUUAUGCCCUGACAUCGACUAUCAAGCGUUUACUUGACCAUCUGACCGAGGUCGAGCUAUACUCGGCCAAGGACCUAGAUAGCAUCAACACUACGCUGUCCCGACUGUCAAAGAGCAUCCGAAAAGCAGAAGAGAGUGGCGCAUCCGAUCCGCAAUAUUCGCCGUAUCUGCUGGAGCUGGUGAAGAAUCGAGUCGCAAGAUGCCAGGAGAUGACGGAUCACCUUUCCGAAAGACUUGGGCGUUUCAGCGAAUGUCUUUUGGACAAGUACGAGAAGCUUAUUUCCAUUCUGCGAUCCAUCUCAUUAGCCAACACAAAAACACAUUUCUCCACGUCUGAAAUGGAGAAGCUACGAGCUCAGCUCCUCCAAGUUGGUGAAAUGCGCAACGGUGGAAAGUUCUGCAGCCCCGACGGCACCGCACCCAGCGGCGCUGACGAGGUACUUGACUUGUACGAGCGGUGUGUGAAGUGGUCGGAUAUGGUUCUGGAAAGAAAAGGCCAGGUUGCCGACCAAUGGAAGCCCAUAUACACGACUCUCGUCGGCAUCCGGAACGAACUGGAGAAAUUGUCGCUGACGCAGGCCUGGUCCCUCCGUGAGACGGAUCUCUACGAUUUCCAGCGACAACUAGAUAAACUGGACGAAAGCCGGCAAGGUGGCAAUUUCUACGACGAAAAGGGACGUCCCGCCGACCUUUGGACCCAACGCACUCUACUCUAUCUGAUCAGGCGAAGCUACGCAUACAUUUACCAGCUCAUGAUAUCUUCGGAGCCAGUAUCAGAAGCCCUGCUUCCCGUGUACAACCAAUUGCAGACAUUGAAGCGGUGCCUCCGUCAGGUCAAGGACACAGGCGGCGUGUCUUCGGUGCGGGAGCUGUACCCAUACAGCAUGAAGCUGAAUUCACUCGACAAUAUGCGCCAAGAUGGGAAAUUUGUUGUUAACAACGACAUUCCCGAGGGACAAGGCAGUGUCAGCGAGCUUCUUGCAGAAUGCUUCGAGCUCACCUAUGAAUUAAGGGUAGCAGCGGAAGAGAACAGCGAGAAAGAGGUCAAGACUACAAAAGCUGAAGCCUAAGGCGGAGCUUCCAGCGACCUUUGAUACUUUAGAGUUUUUAUUGUUUUGAAAGCGGCGCGACUCGUUUCAGAUCUAUAUGUUUUGCGGACUCUGGUAUUGAUCUUGCUAUCAUUGUAUGUUUACUGUGUCCGACAUGACGGUGGCAGCCCUUGAUGGCUGGGAAGGACGAU